GCGGGGCCUGGCCCCUCCCUCCAGGUUUCCACGGCAGCGGCCCGGCCCCGCACCAGCGCGUCCCGAGGCCCCGCGCGCCGGAGCAGCUGAGGGCGGGUCCCGCGCGCCCGGCGUCUUCCAGGGGGACGGGGUGCGGCCGGCGGCCCGCGGGGCGGCGGCGGCGGCGGCGGCGGCGGCGGCGGCAGGACAUUUUGCCUCAAAUAAAGAACAUGGUGAAACUAAUUCACACAUUGGCGGAUCACGGAGAUGAUGUCAACUGCUGUGCGUUCUCCUCUUCCCUCUUGGCUACUUGCUCUUUGGACAAAACAAUUCGCCUGUACUCCCUAAGUGACUUCACUGAGCUGCCCCACUCGCCACUGAAGUUUCACACCUAUGCUGUCCACUGCUGCUGUUUCUCCCCCUCGGGACAUGUUCUGGCUUCCUGUUCCACAGAUGGUACCACUGUCCUAUGGAAUACUCAGAAUGGAGAGACGUUGGCAGUGAUGGAACAGCCCACUGGUAGCCCCGUGAGGGUUUGCCAGUUUUCCCCAGACUCCACUUGUUUGGUGUCAGGGGCAGCUGAUGGCACAGUUGUUUUAUGGAACGCUCAGUCCUACAAGUUAUAUAGAUGUGGUAGUGUUAAAGAUGGCUCAUUGGUGGCCUGUGCAUUUUCUCCGAAUGGAAAUUUCUUUGUCACUGGUUCCUCGUGUGGAGAUAUAACAGUGUGGGAUGAUAAAAUGAGGUGUCUACACAGUGAAAAAGCACAUGAUCUUGGGAUUACCUGCUGUGAUUUUUCUUCACAGCCAGUUUCUGAUGGAGAGCAAGGUCUUCAGUUUUUUCGAUUGGCAUCAUGUGGUCAGGAUUGCCAGAUCAAAAUUUGGGUUGUUUCUUUUACCCAUAUCUUAGGUUUUGAAUUAAAAUAUAAAAGUACACUGAGUGGGCACUGUGCUCCUGUUCUGGCUUGUGCUUUUUCUCAUAAUGGGCAGAUGCUAGUCUCGGGAUCUGUGGAUAAGUCUGUCAUAGUAUAUGAUACUAAUACUGAGACUAUACUUCACACGUUGACUCAGCAUACCAGGUAUGUCACAAGUUGUGCCUUUGCACCCAAUAUCCUCUUACUUGCUACUGGUUCAAUGGACAAAACAGUGAACAUCUGGCAAUUUGAUCUGGAAACACCUUGCCAAGCAAGGAGCACAGACGAUCAAGUGAAGCAGUUUAUUGAAGAUUGGUCAGAGGAUGAUGUCUCGAUGUGGCUUUGUGCACAAGGUUUAAAUGACCUUGUUGAUAUUUUCAAAAUUAAUAACAUUGAUGGAAGAGAACUGUUUAAUCUCACCAAAGAAAGUCUGGUCGAUGACUUGAAAAUAGAAUCUCUAGGGCUGCGGAGUAAAGUUCUGAGGAAAAUUGAAGAACUCAGGACCAAGGUGAAAGCCCUUUCUUCUGGAAUUCCUGAUGAAUUUCUAUGUCCAAUAACUAGGGAGCUUAUGAAAGAUCCUGUCAUUGCAUCAGAUGGCUAUUCAUAUGAAAAGGAAGCAAUGGAAAACUGGAUCAGCAAAAAGAAACGUACAAGUCCCAUGACGAAUCUCAUUCUUCCCUCAAUGGUACUUACACCAAACCGGACUCUAAAAAUGGCCAUCAGCCGCUGGCUAGAGACACAUCAAAAAUAAACUGUUUAUAUUGUUUAUAUUCUU